CACCGCACGUUGUCAUUCGAUAUUUCGAUAUGCGUGAUUGGCGAAGCAGAUCAUGAGCUGGACAGUGGAGAGAAGGUCCGCUUACUUGCUGGGGAUCAUAUCAUCCAGCGGGCCACCAUGCACCGGUGGUCCAACCCUUCCAAUGACCAGCCUGCAAGGAUAAUUGCAACUGUAUUGCCCUGCGAGCCGUUCAAGGUGAUCGGCCAAACAGUCCAAGAG